CAUCUACGGCGGCUAACCAUGGCUGAACAACUCUCUGAAGAACAAAUUGCUGAAUACAAGGAAGCGUUCUCGCUGUUCGACAAGAGCGGCGAUGGUACCAUCACAACAAAAGAUCUAGGAACUGUCAUUCGUGCUCUGGGAAAGAAUCCGACGGAAGCUGAGUUGCAGGACAUUAUCAACGAGGUAGAUCCCAACGGCGAUGGAACUGUUGAUUUCCCUUCUUUCCUCACCAUCAUGGCUCGAAAGAUGAAGGAUCAGGAUACUGAGGAAGACAUCAUUGAGGCUUUCCGCGUCUUUGACAAGGACGGGAAUGGAACUAUCUCAGCAGCUGAGCUACGACACGUUAUGACCAACCUGGGGGAGAAAUUGACUGAUGAAGAGGUCGAUGAAAUGAUCCGUGAAGCCGAUGUCAACGGCGAUGGAAUCAUUGACUACAAGGAAUUCACAAAAAUCAUCCUCAACUAACGCGCAGGAGGACUUCCUGUAGUUUUGUAGCUUCUUAACUUACCCUGUAACUCGUUGAACCGGAAAUUUAAACUAUUUUGAUAAAUCUGCGAAUGUGAG